AUGGUAGUGGAACCUCAAAUCGGGCUUAUGCGAAGGCUGUAUCACAGAGCUCUGGACACCCCAGCCAAGCAGCCGGUCAUUAUACUUGGCCCCUACGGACAACCUCUCGAUUUUCACCGGUUUGGUACGAUCCUCUUCGUGGUGGAGGAUAUUGGGUUUUUCCGAGCCCUGUCCUACAUUGGGAUGUUGGUGGAGGCCAGCCGUAAGCGCGAGGUGAUGUACUUCGAAGCCAAGGAAAGGAGCCAUCACUUGCUGAUUGAAGUUUCAAAGGAGCGUCUCCAGUCCGCCACCGCCUGGUUGCGGGACAACAAGAAGAAGGGCUUGGUGUGUCAAUCAACAGUUGAUCUCGCAUUGAGAAGCUGA